UGGAGCGCCGGGGAGGCUGCGCCGCCGUCACUCUGGACCCGCCCUCAGCUCUCCCUCCCCGCUGCCUCAGCCCCCUCGGAAGAAGAAGGGGUGGGGGACAGAAAGAAAGCCUCCCGGAGCUCUUUCGCCGUCUUCCCGCCUCCGUCCGAUCGGCACCUGGAAGGAACCUUUCUCGACGUGGAACUGGCGGCAGGUAGGCGGUGCCCCCUCGCCAAAGGAAGGGAGGGGGGAGCCGAAAAUGGGGCUUGAAAACGCAGGCCUGCUCUUUCUACCGACGACGUUGGCACCCGCGGAUUCUCCCUUCCUUAAGCCCAGUUGGGCAGGAAACAGGACUGCCAAGGAGCCGCCUCGAGGUGGCGGGCAUGGCGCUGGCCGGGCAGGCUUCGCCCGCUCCCCUCUCCCGAUAAGCAACCGGUUUCCUCGGCGUUUCGCGGCGCGGCUGAAGCAGCCCCGGGAGAAAGAAGGCGGAAAUCUGUUCCUCGGGUGGCUUCUCCGCUUUUCUCUGGCAGAAGGACAGGAGGUGCCUCUUGCUGCGGACAGAGGAGAGGAAGAGCAGUUUGAAGCCCGCCGCCCCGGACUCUCUGCUUGUUGGCACCUGAAGGGCGGCGGCGUUGGAGUGGAAAUCUCCAGCCAGGAUCCGGGACACCCGAAGAGGGAACCGCCGCGGGAGGCCAGAAGUCCAAACCCGCUGGCUCCAAGAGGCCUCCGCAAGACUAGCCUGGGAUUCUCCCAAACAAGUUCAAAGCGGAUCUAGAAGAGGAGCAGUCCAGCGAAGAGGAAUCCAGCGCGAACGGUGGAAUAACAUCUCUGAACAGCGUGACAAGGAGCAGCACGGACCCAGCCGCUGCCGGGCGGAAAGGAAAAUAAGCAACCGCAGCCGUAGAAACAAUUUUCACCCGAACAUUAUUUUUUUUAAGUGUGGAAAUGAAAUAAAGGACUGGCGCGUGGCUGCGUCUCUCCUCCUAACAACCUGUGAAGUGGGAUAGACUAAAAGAAAGAGACAGACAGACACUCUGGCCUGGUGCUCUGGGGGUCUCUCUCUGUCCCCCACGCUUGCAGC